AUGUCGGCCCCGACCGGAAGCAUCCCACUCACAUCUGUGGCCCUCAACUUCGGCCAGACUCCGGACCUCUCAAAGCUACGAGGCGGAUCUGCAUUGAUCACCGGUUCGGCAAGGGGUAUCGGUCUUGCAUGUGCCACAAAGUUGGCGGAAGCUGGAGCACUUGUCACCAUCUCAGAUAUUCGAUUCAAGGCGGGAGAAGCAGCUGUACGCGAGCUAACCUCGAGAGGCCUUCAUGUACAAUUCGUGCAGAGCGAUGUCACUUCGUACUCGUCGCAAGUGGAGCUCUUCAAAAAAGCCAUCACCUUCGGCGGGGGCAGGAUCGAUGUCGUCGUACCGAACGCGGGCAUCUGCGCAGAGCAGAACCUCUUCGACAUGCUACCGACCGGCGCAUCAAGCCUUGAGGACGAACCCCCCGAGCCAGGCUACAGUACGAUGGAUGUUAACCUUAAGGGCGUGUAUUACACCUCCUAUCUCGCCUUGCAUUACUUCCGCUUGAAUCGACACUCGGCUCUUGCUCCAUCACUCGUCCUCAUCGCCUCACUUGCUGGAUACGUCGGCUUUCCUUCUAGCGCAACAUACAGCAUGUCCAAGUUCGGGGUCCGUGGAAUGUUCUUCGGCACACGAGACCGCGCUGCGGCAGCCAACCCUCCGGUGCGCGUCAACCUUGUAGCGCCCUGGUUUAUAUCAACUGCAAUGACAGCGGACGAAACAUUUGUUGCCAGCGAGGCUGGUGCUAUGAUGAAGACGAUGGGCUCAGCUCAGCUCGACGGCGUUGUGCAGGCUGUAAUGCACUUCAGCGCUGACGAGACUGCGCACGGACGAGCCGCUGGAAUCUUUCCGCAAGGAGUUUACGAUCUCGGCGACGAUCUUGAGGGCGGAUUCGCAGGGCAGAGGACACAACAAGGCAUGCUAGAAAUCGUAGCAGCAAUGACAGCUGCGACGGACAAGCAAACCGAGGAAUUGAAUUGA